AUGUGGCAUCCUCGGUCGGUGUGCCUGUGGCUGCUGGAGCGCUUCCUCCACCUCCUGCUGAUCAAGAUGCUGUUCUACCUGUACAAGCUGGCGGUGGACAUCUUCCAGAACCUGUUCCUCAUCCGCUUCCACCUGGAGAAGAACUGCUUCUUCAUGGACGACCACCUCGUGAUGAUGAAUCCUGGAGACUUGGUGGAUGGACACAGGUGCUCUCGGCCUAUUCGUCCGAUCCGGACGGAGCGUCCCAUCAUGGAGCACGUUGCUCGCGGUUUGGAGGAAAGCGACGAGAGUGAGGGCAAUGACCACAAGGACGAGACGAGGGACUGUGGAACCGCUUCUCCUGGCUGUGCACUGUGUCGCUGCUGGCUGCUAGCUGCGGUCAAGCAGAGGCGAGAGAUUCACGAGCUCACGAAGGAGCUCCUCACAGCCGAAAGCGAGCUCUUCAAAGAGGAGCAGGGCCCAGAGCAGUACCUGGGGCUGCAUCAGCUAUGGGCAUAG